UUUUAUUUAUUUAUUUUAAAUAAUCAAUGGAAAGUUCAUUAUUUAUUAUUUAUAUAAUAAUAUUUAUUUUUAUUUGUUUAUUUUUAUUUAUUUUACAUCAACAAAUAACAAAUUCUCAACAAUCUUAUGAUCAUGAUCAUGAUCAUCAUGAUCAAUACACUAAGAAUUUACAUCAUACAUAUUUUAAUUCAUUUAAAAGGUUUAUCAAAUGUAUAAAAUUAUGUAAUAAAUUAUGUUCUUCUAUUAAAACAAAUCAUAAACAUAAUUUUAAAGUUGAUAACCAUAGCAACAUUAAUCUAAAUCAUCAAUGUGAUAUUAAUCCAAUAACUGUACAUAUCUCUUGUUCAACUAUAGUUGAUCAAAAUCUUCCUAAUAAUAGUUUAACAUAUAAAACAAGUAAAUGUAUUCGAAACUAUGAAGUAUUACAUUAUUCUAUGUGUCAAAAUGACCUUAAUCUUAAUGGAAAGUAUUCACAAUCAUCAAUGUUAAUGUAUAAUGAUCCUAUGCAUAAAACAUC